GAGAACCGACCAGUUCCUACCCGGACUUAAAAUGAGAUGCACACCAAAACAUGGCGGCCAACUUGGAGCAAAUUUUCCAAGAUUUUAUAUUGAAUAAAAUCAGAGAAAUUGAAGACCAGAAUGAAGACAAAGCUACUGCUGAAGGAGCGGGCGACAGCAUCGACAAGGUUGGAGCCGACAAAGCCGCUUCCGACAGAGACAAACAGGAGGACCUGAGGGGCAGUGGUUCACAGAAGAAACACAAGAAGCGUAAAAAACACAAGAGCAAGAAGAAGAGGAGGAACCGGGAGAAGGAGAGCAGCUCGGAGUCGGGGGCGGAGUUGGACGGAGGAGCCAAACACCAGCCGAGGAGAGGAACGCCAACAGAGUCAAAUAAGGGGCAAGGUGAGGAUCAUGAGAGCAAGUCCAGAUGCCACAAGAGGCAUUCGACGGGAAAGAGGAAGAAGAAGAAGAGAAGACGGAAAGGUGACGAGAACUCGUCGGAAUCGGACUCUGAGUUUGUGUCAAAGCAGAGGGAUAAUAACUGCGGUCAAAGCUUAUCUCCGAGGCGACGAGAGGAGCUCCCUGACAUCAUCCCCAAACAGGACAGUUCCAAUAAAGCAAGAGGAGGUGAGGAAAGACACGGCAGGAGGAGCUGUCGUUCCCGUUCACGGUCACAUUCCCAUUCUCAUUCACAUUCCUGUUCAGUGAGGAGGAACUCUCAGUCUAGACACCACCGAAGAUCCAGGAGUCGCUCCCGAUCUGGCUCUCAGCGCCGCAGGACCCGCUCCAGCUCCUCAGAGAAGAGAGAAGCUUUGGAUGGAUCUACCCAAGGUCCUCCAGAAGGCCUCCAGCCCCCUCAACUGGUCUCCAGCCCUACCAGAAGUAGCAUCAAAGCAGAGGAGCUGACAGAGUCGAGGACAGAGCUGCAGAGCACUGACCAGAGCGAAAAGCCACCGGAGAACAAAGAAGAGACAGCAGAUGAUGCAACACAACAUCUAGCUGCAGGUUCUGGCGCACCCCAGUCCAUAUCUACUGAACCUGACCAGACCACUGAGCCCAGCUGCCCUCAGCUUAAAGCAUCAAAAUACCCCAGAUCCUCGGACGCUACCGUUAAAUCACCAGCAAAGAAGAAGAGGAAACCAUCCAAGUCCCCACAGAGGAAGAAAGAGUCAAAGUCAUCAAAGAGGCAGAAAAGAUCCAAGUCGCCAUGUCGGAGCCACAGGAGGGGGUCAAGAUCCAGGAGUCCUUCGAAGAAGAAGAGAUCACGGUCGAGGUCAGCGGGCCGGCGGUCACGGAGGUCACGCUCACGGUCGGUGUCACGCGGCCGGAGGAGGGCGACAUACAGCCAGAGGGACCGCUGGAAACGAGAGCCGAGUCACUCCCCUGUGCUCAUCCUACGGAAAAACAGAUCCCCCACUCGGAAACUCUGUAGUUCAAGCAACAGUCCUCAACGCAUCAGUGAACUGGAUAAGGACCAGUUGCUAGAAAUCGCCAAGGCCAAUGCUGCUGCCAUGUGUGCCAAAGCAGGUAUGCCCAUCCCUGCCAGCCUGAGGUCCACGGUGCUUCCCCUGGCUCUGCCGACCAUGGCGAUGAACGCUGCUAUGGCCAGUAUGACCGCCGCCACCAUGACAGCAGCAUUGUCCAACAUGGGCAUGUCUUCACUGCUCCCACUGCCGUCCAUCACCAACAAGCCACCUCCUGUCUCCGCCCAAACCAACAUCGCUGCUUUGGAGGAGGUGAAGAGGAAAGUGGCGAAGCAGGCCAACAGCAUCAGCAUUAAGGAGUUUACAGAUAAAUGCAAAAUGAUCGUGGACAGUAAAGGAGAGCUGCCGGUGGCGAUGCCUCAUGUUUCAGACGAGGAGGACGAAGGGAAACCCUUCGGAGGAUCGGCCCUUCGAGAGCAGAAAGCCAUCAGCUUCAGCAUCAACCAGAACACGACAGUUCGUCCAGCAGUGCGUAGUGAUGCGGGCAUGGCCAAGGAGUUUCCUGUGUCGUCAGGUUCCCAACAUCGUAAGAAGGAGGGUGAGGCGCUGGGUGCGUACGGUGAAUGGGUUCCGGUUGACAAAACAGCAGACAAAGCUGCAGCUGGCUCCAGGAAGGCCCCGAGCACUGUUCCCAUAGCGACAGCCACCUCAUCGUCAGGUGAAACAGCAGCAGAGCGAGGGUUACCGGAGGAUGUCGAACAGCCGGCGUCUGCGCCAGAUAAAGACAGCGUUUUCCCUGACCCGCUGCUGCAGCCAGUAGACAUCUCUCAGGCUGUGACAGAGAGAAUCAAAGCUCAGAGGCGAUUGGCUGAGAACCCCUAUGAUGUCAGCGCCAUCUGCAUGCUCAGCCGGGCACAAGAGCAGGUGGAUGCGUGGGCUCAGUCUAACACUGUUCCUGGGCUCUUCACUGGUUCGACUGGAGCUCAGGUCCUCAGCUCUGAGGAGCUUUCCACCAGCGGACCACAAGCAUGGCUGAAGAAGGACCAGUUCCUCAGGGCAGCUCCAGUGUCGGGCGGUGUCGGGGAGUUCCUGAUGAGAAAGAUGGGCUGGAAGACAGGAGAGGGCCUUGGGAGGAACCGCGAGGGAACCGUGGAGCCGAUCAUUAUCGACUUCAAGGUCGACCGCAAAGGACUUGUUGCUGAAGGAGAGAAACCACAAAAGCAGACAGGAGGACUGGUGGUAACCAAGGAUCUGAUGGGGAAGCACCCAGUGUCUGCUCUCAUCGAGCUGUGUAACAAGAGACGGAUAAUGCAGCCAGACUUCGUCAUGGUUCACCAUAGUGGUCCUGAUCACCGCAAGAAUUUCCUCUUCAAGGUCACAGUGAAUGGCGUGGACUACCAGCCCCAGACAGCUAGUCCCAAUAAGAAACAUGCCAAGGCCAUGGCAGCUACAGUUGCACUGCAGGCUCUGGGAGAGGUUCCUGUGGAUGGACCCGGACUGUACACCGGCCCUGUCUUCACUGCUGCUUCUACGGGCCCUCUGUUCUCUACAUAGACACACACACACAACCAUGGCACACUGACACUGGGACACACGCUACAACGGUUUCACAGUAUUCUCAUGUCAGUUGUGGGACACUUGAGUAUGACUAAAUAACCAGUCCAUCAUUUCCACUUUGGUGACGUAUUUAUACAGUAUACUCAUGACACGGAGUAUCUUUGUACGGAAGCUGCCUGCGACUGGAUUUGUACCCACAGAAUCACACUCAUUUUUAAAGUCACUGUGUUCAUAACAAGGUGGCAAAUCUAUUUUUGCCAGGUUUUUAGGAUUGAAAAAGACUCUCUCCAUCGUAUUAAAAGUGGACGGCAUGUAUGUAUGUAUGUAUGUAUGUAUGUAAGUAUGUAUGUAUGAUAAAGUAGCAUUUCAGCCUAUUUAUUAGAUGACCCACUGAACAGGACUCAUUGCUCUGCAGUGGUUUUGUUGGUCACAACAAAGCAGAGCGGAGUCGAGCUGUUAAAUGAAAAGUAUAUCUGUAAAUGUGUUCUGUUGGUUAACUUCUCCGUUGGCCUGAUAUUACAGUUGUGGCCUCCUCUUAACAUGAUGUCUCUCGUACGAGAGGCUGUUACAUUUUAUGGAACUGACCGUCUGAAAGUGUGUACACAGA